AUGAUUAGCAGCAGUAACGCGAUACCACAUGACAGUGUCGGCCUCUCGCCGGCGGAUGUGACACUUGGGAUGUCAGGCCAACCAAAGACCUCCUCCUUCUCCUCCACCCGCAGCGAAACAAAGAUCCAGUUUCUCCGCCGUGGACCGUGGCAUUCGCCAGUUCAGCUUUCGCCUGGCUCCGUCUGCUGCAGAUUGAGGGGAUUUCCCUCCGCGUUCGUCGUCUCGCUCACCUGCAGAGGGAGGACCAUGCGCGCCCGCGCCGCGCUCCCGAGCCUUGCCUUUCUCCUAUAUCUCCAUUUCCUCGCUCCUGCUUCCUCCUCCUCCUCCUCCUCCUCGUCCCGGCCUCAGUGGGUCCUCCAGCGUGUUCCCGUGGUUUUGCCCCAGCAGACGGCGGCUCGUCCAGCCCCUCACUUCCUGCGUCCGGCCCGCCUGGACGUCUCCUCCCCCUGCGACCCGGAAUGCCACAAGCGCGCCCCCCAGCCCAGCUACUGGGACCUGCGGCGUCUGCUGGCCUACGAGACGCUGCACUCCGACGGCCGGCUCACCGAGACGGCCAUCGGGAUUUACGGCUACGACCCCAACCCCGACCCCGCGGUCAGUCCGGCCCGCCCCCCCGGGGCCGCCCGCGUGAGGAGGAAGCGCCAGAUCUUUGGCCACGACGGUCGCUUCAGCAUCGCGGGCCAGAGCUUCCUGCUUAAGUUCCCCUUCUCGGUGGCCGUCAAGCUGUCCACCGGCUGCUCCGGCACGCUGGUGGGCGACCGGCACGUGCUCACGGCCGCCCACUGCGUUCACGACGGCAAGAACUACGUGAAGGGAGCCCAGAAGCUCCGGGUCGGCUUUUUGAAACCAAGGCACCGAGACGGUCACCAUUCCUCCUUCCACCGCCCCUCCAACUUCAGCAAUCACGUCGAGGGGCUGCCGCCUCCGCAGGCCCCGCCGGUCAACGACAAGAUGAAGUUCCAGUGGAUCAGGGCCAAGCGCACGCACGUGCCGAAAGGCUGGAUCAAAGGCAACGCCAACGACAUCGGGAUGGACUACGACUACGCUCUGCUGGAGCUGAAGAAGCCCCACAGGCGGCGGCACAUGAAGCUGGGGGUCAGCCCCCCGGCCCAGAGGCUGCCCGGGCGCCGGGUGCACUUCUCGGGGUUCGACAACGACCGCGCCGGGCAGCUGGUGUACCGGUUCUGCCCGGCCGGCGAGGAGACGCCCGACCUGCUGUACCAGCACUGCGACGCCCAGCCCGGCGCCAGCGGCUCGGGCGUGUACGCCCGCAUGUGGGACGGGCGCCGGCGGCGCUGGGAGCGGAAGGUGAUCGGGGUGUUCUCCGGCCACCAGUGGGUGGAGCGGCAGGGGGCGUCGCGGGAGUUCAACGUGGCGGUGAGAAUCACGCCCCUCAAGUACGCGCAGAUCUGCUACUGGAUCAAAGGAAACUUUGUGGACUGCAGGGAAGGGUGAGAAAAUGGGAGGACCAAAAAAAAAAAAGAGGCGGAGCAACAAAACGAAAGGCUCACCACGUCGUCGUCGUCGUCGUCGUCGGGGCCGAAAUAAUACACACUCGUGAAUAUCAAAA